CGAGUUGAUUAUUCUUGAAAGCACGCAACAACAGAGAAAGAAGCAAACAAGACUACAAGUAGAAUGCAGCAGCUCACGAUAGAGAUAUCCAACAUCCACUGUGAAGACUGUGAACAGGCAAUCUUGUCUUGCCUUGGUGAUGUCUUCUCCUUUGCUGGCUCACCGUCAUCUUCCCUUCCUCCGGUGAAAGUACAGAUAACAAACGACCAGGUUGUUACAGUGACUUGUAAGGACAAUACAGUGCUUCCAAGGUUGUACAAACCAGUGCUAUCAAGAAUUGAGCAUGCCGGGCUAAUAAUUGAGGAGUAUGAGCUAUAUGACAUGGCCACAGAUGUCUCAUUGGUGCAUCACAGACGAAGUGCAUGGUCUUCUCCAUGGAGCCUAUUCUUUGGUGAAAGGCAAAGAGUAAGGGUACACAACCAGCACUGCUCUAAAUGCCGCAAUCAGGACCAAGAGGCGUCCUCUUCAACAUCGACAACAGUGGCUGAAGGCACAGAAUAUAGAGCUGUAUUUGCCCUUGCUGGCAUGACGUGCGCUUCGUGUGCCAACACUGUUACGAAUUCAAUUCAAGAGGUUCUCAGGAAGUAUCUUCACAACGGCACUGAUCCAAUAUGUUCUGUUGACCUUAUCAAAAGCUCAGCAGUAGCCAUUAUCCCAAAUAAACAAGUUGCCAAUAUCAUUAUUCAGGAAGUAAAGGAAGCUGGUUAUUCUGCUACCCUUGUUGAAGUCCUUCCAGUUGAAAGAGAAACCAGGUUCCGCGUGCAGGCUGCAAUUGGUGGUAUGACGUGUGCAUCUUGCGCAUCGUCUAUCUCAACUGCGGUUCAAAGUUUACCGUUUUUAGAGGAACAUUCAAUCUCGGUGGUUUCCAAGUCUGGUGUCUUUAUCCUUGAUUCUGACGAUCAAGACACAAUUUCAAAGCUGAAGUCUGCUAUUGAAGACUGUGGGUUCGACUUUGAAGUCAUUGACAUAUCAGAGAUAAGUCAUGCUAGCACAAAGAAGUUGACAAGAACUGUGAACCUAAAGAUCAAAGGCAUGUACUGUGAGCACUGUCCUGAUGCCAUUACAGAAAUUCUCAAACACAUCGGUGACUCCGUUGUUAUAGAAGACCCUAUAACACUGGAGCACCCAUUUGUCAAGCUCACAUACAUCCCAUCACCACCGAGCCUAACAAUAAGAUCUGUGCUGCAAAAGAUCAGAGACAAGAACUUUGAGGUGGAGAUUGUGCAGGAUGUCACUCUUGAUGAGCAUCUACGUCGUAUGGCCAAGGCAGAAACUGCAAAGAUUUCAAGUAGAUUGGUCCUCACCAGCAUUGUUUCGAUCCCGACUCUUGUUUUUGGAAUGAUUGGUAUGUCUCUUCCACAUAACAACAAGUUCAGAAUGUGGUUAGAUGAGCCACUCUUCGUUGGAAACGUCUCCAGAAUGGACUGGAUAUUGUUUAUAUUGGCAACACCUGUGUACUUUUUCGCAGAUGACAUUUUCCACAAGAAAGCAAUCACUGAGAUCUCAGCACUGUGGAAGCACAAUGUGUCCUGGAAGAGAAGGUUCUUUAGAUUUGGGAGCAUGAACUUGCUGAUGUCAUUGGGAACCACCGUGUCUUACGUGGCCAGUAUAGUUCUACUAUGGAUAACUGCACGUCAAGUUCCUUCGGAGCAUGGCCAUGGCUCUAGUGCUAGUUAUUUUGACUCUGUGGUGUUCUUGACAUUCUUCCUCCUCAUUGGACGUUUAUUGGAGUCCUACUCAAAGACUAAAACUGCUCAGGCAAUAACGGAUUUGGGAACUCUGAAACCAAGCACUGCUAUUCUCCUUACAAGGGCAAAGGAUGGUACGUAUGAUAACGACCAAGUUGUACCAAUAAAUCUCUUAGAAGUUGGCGAUUUCAUUCGCAUUGUUCCUGGUGGGUCACCUCCGGUGGAUUGUAUCGUCGCUCAGGGAGAAGCUCAGUUCGACGAGAGCGCAUUGACAGGUGAAUCCAUCCCAGUUUUACACACAUCUGGAGAACAAAUCUUUGCAGGUACUGUGAGCAGAGGGCCUCAUGCGAUUAUCGCUAAGCUGAGUGCUUUGGAGGGCACAUCGCUACUGGACAACAUCGUCAACACGGUAAGAGAUGGUCAAAUGAACAAGGCUCCGAUUGAAAAGUCUGCAGACGUUCUAACCAGCUACUUUGUUCCUCUGAUCACGUUUCUUGCGAUUUUGACCUGGAUUGUUUGGUUUUCCCUCGGUUAUUUUGGUUUCAUUCCUGAGAGUUAUAGAGAUAACGAAGUUGGUGGAUGGGCUGCGUGGUCUCUUGAAUUUGCCAUUGCUGUGUUUGUCAUCGCAUGUCCAUGUGGAAUCGGUCUUGCUGCACCAACAGCAUUAUUUGUGGGUGGUGGCUUAGCAGCACAGAAUGGUAUACUAGCUCGAGGUGGUGGUAUGGCUUUCCAGCAGGGCUCCAAAGUUAACGUGGUUUGUUUUGACAAAACAGGUACUCUUACUGUUGGUGGUGAACCAAGAAUCACAAACUUUGCGCUUCAUCAUGAUAAGUCCAUCAGAACGUUUGCUCUCCAGGUUUCCAGGGAUCUUGAAGUUAAUUCGAGUCAUCCAUUGGCGAAGGCUGUUAAAUCAUUUGUUGAUCACACUUCUAACAGGCUGGGAGUCCAGCUCUCGCAGGUGAAAGUUCCUGAGAUCCAUGAAAUUGCAGGAAAAGGUCUUGCAGGUGAAGUCCAUCUCGAUUCGGCUGAACCACAGGAUAGUCUGUGGAACCAGUAUAAGCCAACAGCGGUGCUGCUUGGUAAUGAGAGACUAAUGGAAGAAAAUGAUGUAACCUUGUCUUCCAAGCAACAGAGGCUAUUGAAUGAUUGGAAAGCACAGGGAAAGAGCAUCGUCAUUAUUGCACUUCAAUGUCAGAGCUUCUUCAAAACAGAUGCAUAUGUCCCUGUUCUCCUUCUUGCUUGUCGUGAUGAAAUCCGCCCAGAAGCGAAGAGCGUUAUUGAAGAGUUGAAGAAGAGUGGUAUUCAGGUAUGGAUGAUAUCGGGUGAUAAUACCACUACGGCAACGACUAUUGCCAAAGAAGUUGGUAUCGACAAUGUCAUUGCAGAAGUUCUUCCAGAGGAGAAGGCGACAAGAAUUAAGUGGAUUCGAGAGACCAACCUGAUAAACAAUAAGCCACCUGUGAUUGCUAUGGUUGGUGAUGGAAUCAACGAUGCACCGGCAUUAUCCACAGCCGACGUUGGUAUUGCACUAGCAUCAGGUUCUGAUCUGGCUCUAACUUCUUCAGACUUUGUAUUGUUGUCUCCUUCUCAUCCUCUUGUAACUUUACUGACUCUUCUCAAGUUGAGCAAAAAGGUUUUCCUCAGAGUUUACUUCAAUUUUGGUUGGGCCAUCUGUUACAAUGCCAUUGGAAUUCCUAUUGCGGCUGGUAUAUUUUACCCGAUCAACCACGCUAGACUGUCACCUGUGUGGGCUAGUGCUGCUAUGGCACUAAGUUCUAUUAGUGUUGUCUUGAGCAGUUUAGCACUUAAAUGGUUUAAAAGACCCCAAGUUGUGCUCGGCUUAGAGAAGCUGGGAGACUUGGAAGCUGUUGAGCAAGAUUUAUAGAGUUUUCAUUAAAUCCAUACAGUGUAUGUUGCAUAAUUGAAUAGAAGUCCUUGUCGCAUAGAUUGAUGGUAUUAAUUAUCCCAGUAAGAUUGGUUUGUUGAUGAAUGCAUAUGAGAAACUUACCCUGGAUAUGCUAUCGCUUGACUAUGUUGGAAGCGGAACUGAAACAUGUGUACCAAGUCACUUUGAUCAGCGUGGAAAAGGUACUUACGCUGGACAGACUUCUUUGAAGUUUAAUUUAGCAGUAGCCUCUAUGUUUCCAAAGGCUCGAUUCAAUGGUUGUGGAGACUCAAUUUCUUGAAUGGUUUAUGAUUGUUGCUACUUUGCCCAUAUCAUUAUUGUUUUUUGAUGUCACC